GCUUCCGCUCCUGUAGGAAGUCGUUUGAUUUCCGGCGUUGGUCUGUGAGUGAGCAGGAUGGGUCAGAGUCAGAGUGGUGGACAUGGUCCUGGAGGUGGCAAGAAAGAUGACAAAGACAAGAAGAAGAAAUACGAACCUCCGGUUCCAACCCGAGUGGGGAAAAAGAAGAAGAAAACAAAGGGACCAGAUGCUGCCAGCAAACUUCCACUGGUCACUCCUCAUACUCAGUGCAGACUGAAAUUAUUGAAACUGGAAAGAAUUAAGGAUUAUCUUCUGAUGGAGGAAGAAUUCAUUAGAAACCAGGAACAGAUGAAACCUUUGGAAGAAAAGCAAGAGGAAGAAAGGUCAAAGGUAGAUGAUCUGAGAGGGACUCCAAUGUCUGUAGGGACACUGGAAGAGAUAAUUGAUGAUAAUCAUGCUAUUGUGUCCACGUCAGUGGGAUCAGAACACUAUGUCAGCAUUCUUUCUUUUGUAGACAAGGAUUUGCUAGAGCCAGGAUGUUCAGUUCUACUUAAUCAUAAGGUCCAUGCUGUGAUUGGUGUCUUAAUGGACGACACAGAUCCUUUAGUUACAGUGAUGAAAGUGGAAAAAGCCCCACAAGAGACAUAUGCAGAUAUUGGGGGCCUGGAUAACCAAAUUCAAGAAAUUAAGGAAUCUGUGGAACUACCUUUGACUCAUCCUGAGUAUUAUGAAGAAAUGGGAAUAAAGCCACCCAAAGGAGUCAUUCUGUAUGGGCCACCUGGCACAGGUAAAACAUUAUUAGCCAAAGCAGUGGCAAAUCAGACUUCUGCCACCUUCCUGAGAGUGGUUGGUUCCGAACUUAUCCAGAAAUAUCUGGGAGAUGGUCCAAAGCUUGUUCGAGAACUAUUUCGAGUUGCUGAGGAGCAUGCCCCGUCAAUUGUCUUCAUUGAUGAAAUUGAUGCCAUAGGUACCAAAAGGUACGAUUCUAACUCGGGAGGAGAAAGGGAAAUCCAGCGAACAAUGUUGGAGUUACUGAACCAGUUAGAUGGGUUUGAUUCACGUGGAGAUGUAAAAGUGAUCAUGGCUACUAACAGAAUAGAAACACUGGAUCCAGCUUUAAUCAGACCAGGACGUAUUGACAGGAAGAUAGAAUUUCCUCUGCCAGAUGAAAAAACAAAGAAGCGCAUCUUUCAAAUUCAUACCAGCAGAAUGACUUUGGCAGAUGAUGUUACUCUAGAUGAGUUGAUAAUGGCUAAAGAUGAUCUGUCUGGGGCAGAUAUAAAGGCAAUUUGCACAGAAGCUGGUUUGAUGGCUCUGCGUGAACGAAGGAUGAAAGUAACAAAUGAAGAUUUCAAAAAGUCAAAAGAAAAUGUUCUUUAUAAGAAACAGGAAGGCACUCCGGAAGGCCUCUAUCUUUAACUCCCCCACCUUUGUUUUGGUCAUAGGAUGGGGGUAAUUGCUAGAACCUUUUUUUUUUUCCUUCAGAAUGUGGGAGAGCAAGAUGUUAGUGAAUACAAGAAGAAGCUUUUGCUGCUUAAAGCAUGAUAAUUCACUUAUGUGAAUUUUUGUGUAUUCUGGCAUACAUUCAUUGUGAAAUACUUUGUCAUUAAAAAUUGAUUUCCAAGUGAAUUGGGAUGGUUGGAUUAGAAUUUAAGCAAAGAUGGUUUUUAAUGUGUGCCCCAGCUGUUUCAUUGCCUCUUACUCUACAAAAAGACGUUUUUAGCAGACUCUGCGAGUGUUCAGUGAUUGGUUGUGAUACUUAGUCUAAAGUGCAGCUGAAUGUACGUUGCUUGAAUUUACAUAUAUCUCUAGAAAGGUACUGAAAAAUAUAGUGAUGGAAAUACUAUGAAAGGACCUGAUUCAUGGAAAAUCAAUGCAGUUUAAUAGAAAAAGUUUUGUGACUGAUAUGCUGUCUGCAGUCAAAACCAUUUGGAUGUCCAAGAAGAAUCGUGUUUCAUUUCAUUCAGUCCUCAACUCUAAGGCUAUGGUGUGCCAGAUUCAUACAUUUGUAAUAAGGAGUGAGAUUUCAUUGUCAAGGUUAUUUGGGCAAAGGUAAACCAUUUUUAAAAAAAAGAGCAAUUCCUCCCUUGAACCACUAUAGUCAGGUUGUACUGAUUCAGUUCUUACAACUAAGGUAGUCACAGUUUUGAUCAAAGAAAUGAAAGCAGCCAUUGUAUAUGAGAACAUUUUCCAAAUUGGACAGGAAAGUGGAAAAUUAUGGAAAUAAAUUUAAUUAUGGAAAAUUAAA